UGAAGUCUAGUAAGACUCUAGAUUCAUCAUCGCAUAGAGAACAAGGACAUGGGAGCGAGGAUUUGGGGUUAUGCUUUUUGUAACUAGCCAGGAAUAUAUCUUAAAAAUUGUCCUUUAAACUAUACACAACCUAACGCUACCUGACGUACGUCUUUGCACUCGUUAGAUUAACGUCAUCUUUUUAUCGACACCGUCAUAAAAAUGGCAUUAAUUUUGUUCUCCAGAUGUCGGACUCCGUGGACGACAUCGUCUAGAUUCAGAAAAGGGACGCUCACAGACGGAACAUGUUUCAGUUGUGCUGCACUCCGGCUUGCUGUGAAUAGUCCUGAUGUUCUUGGUCCUAGCUGUGUGGCUUGGACACCGCUCAUGUCCUUGGACCACGCCCCCCCGCAUCAUCGCCCCUCGGCGAGCGCGCCUCGCCUCCGCUGCUCCAUCCUGAUACCUGACCCCGCCCUACCCCGCCAUUCCUUCUCCCAUUGGACAGCAGCUUGGCCCUGGGCCUCAGCCACGCGUGGCAUGCACACGACGGGCCGCCUCUGCGAUGACUCGAAGGUGGAGCGCUCGCUGCGUUCGCUGAAAGACCGGAACAAGAAGCUGGAGGAGGGCGGCCCCGUCUACAGCCCGGCAGUGGACCUGGAGCCCGCUCGCCGCUCGCUGACGCAGCGGGUCAUUGAUGAGGUCAAACACUACUACCACGGCUUCCGGCUGCUCUGGAUCGAUGCCACCAUCGCUGCGCGCAUGCUGUGGAGAGUGCUGAACGGACAUGCCCUGUCCCGGCGGGAGAGGAGACAGUUUCUGAGGACGUGUGCUGAUGUAUUCCGGCUCCUGCCCUUUCUGGUUUUCAUCAUCGUUCCGUUUAUGGAGUUCCUCCUACCCGUUGCUCUCAAGCUGUUCCCCAACAUGCUCCCAUCCACCUUUGAGACUCAGUCCAAGAAGGAGGAGCGGCUGAAGAAGGAGCUGAGAGUGAAGCUGGAGAUGGCCAAGUUCCUGCAGGACACUGUGGAGGAGAUUGCUCUCAGGAACAAGGCAGACAAAGGCAACGUCACCGAGGAGUUCUCAACCUUCUUUCAGAAGAUCCGGGACUCUGGCGAGAGGCCCAGUAACGAGCAGAUCAUCCGCUUCUCCAAGCUGUUUGAGGACGAGCUGACCCUGGACAACCUGACGCGGCCGCAGCUGGUGGCUCUGUGCCGGCUGCUGGAGUUGCGCUCCAUCGGUACCAACAACUUCCUGCGCUUCCAGCUCCUCCUGAAGCUCCGCGCCAUCCGCGCUGACGACAAGAUGAUCGCGGAGGAGGGAGUGGACAGCCUGAAUGUGAUUGAGCUACAGGCGGCGUGCAGGGUGCGUGGCAUGAGGGCCCUGGGCGUGACGGAGGACAGGCUUCGAGACCAGCUCAAGCAGUGGCUGGAGCUGCACCUAAACCAGCACAUCCCCACGUCCCUGCUGCUGCUGUCCAGGGCGAUGUACUUGCCAGACACGCUGUCCCCCACAGACCAGCUCAAGACCACGCUGCAGACGCUGCCGGAGAUCGUGGCUAAAGAAGCCCAGGUAAAGGUGGCGGAGCUGGACUUCUCUAAGGUGGAUAAUAAGACUAAGGUGGAGACCACGCUGCAGGAGGAGGCAGCCAUCCGUCAGGAGAACAAGGAGCGGGAGCUGGAGAGGCUGGCUGAUGCUGCCGAGAGAGCCAAGGAGCAGGCUGAGCUGGUGGAUGUGAAGACAGACAUACAGGCAGACACUGAACCUGCACUGGCAACUGUAGACAUGGCCAACCAAUCAGAAAUAUUAAGAGACACAGCACCAAUGCUGGAAGGUGUUAAAGGUGAAGAGAUCACCAAAGAGGAGAUCGACAUGCUGAGUGAUGCCUGCACCAAACUGAAGGAGCAGAAGAGACUCCUCACCAAAGAGAAGGAGGAGCUGGAGGAGCUGAAGGAUGAUGUGCAAGAGUAUAGUGAGGACCUGGAGGAGAUAAAGAAGGAGCUCUCCAAGACGGGCCAGGAGAAGGAGGUGGAGGAGUCGAAGGCCAGCCAGCUGCUGUCGCGCCGGGUGAACCGCAUGAUCGGCCGCAUAGACAAGCUCGUCGGCGAACUGGAGAAAGACAAGCAGGUGCUGGACGGGCAGGCGGACACGGGGACAGCGCCGCCUGUUGGAUUGUUCUUUGAGAAACAUAAUGACUUAAAAAGUAUGUUCCUCUCCUGUAGUGAGAACCUGAUCAGCAUCAACGAGCUCAUCUCCAUCAUGAAGCAGAUCCAGAACAUUCCGGAACACAAGCUGCUCAGCAUCGCCGACGCCCUGGACGAAAACAAGGACGGCAAGAUAGACAUUGAUGAUGUUAUCAAGGCAGUGGGGCUGAUCGACAAGGAGGACAUAGACAUCUCCACGACGCAGGUGGCCGAGAUCAUGGCUUUGCUGCAGAAGGAAGAGAAGCUGGUCGAGAAGGAGAAGGCCAAGGAGAAGGCCGAAAAGGAGCAGGCAGCUAAAGUCCAGAGCUAAGCCCUGCUUGGCAAGCUUCCCCCUGGGGGAGGAGCAGGAGCAGGACACUGGAGCCACUGGUGCUGGGGCUUCCCUGGUUUCAUACUUGAAAAGAAAUGAAAUUAUAUACGUUGAUUACUUUCACAUCACCCUCUAACCAUUAGAGGACAGUUGUGUUGUAACAGUUUGUGAGCUGAGUCACUUCUGUGUGUGUUUGUUUGUUUGUUUUUUUGUUUUGUUUUGUUUUGGGGUUUUGUUUUUUUUGCAACCCAUCAUCCUCACCAGCAUUCUGCUGCUGCUGCUCUCAUGAUGUUCAGUUGCCUUUGUGUUAUUUAAAUCAAAUUCUUUUUACUUCACACCGGAAUUAUUAGGAAGAACAGUUGACUGUAGUUCAGAUGACCCGUGAGCAUACUGUUGUAUCUGUCCAAUAACCAAAGAGGGUGAAAUUACAAAGGUACUGCAGAGAGCUUGAACUCAAGGCGGUGAACUUUUGCUCCAGUGUACAGCUGCUCCGGACAGAUGUGGGAUCUGGACCAACUCCCUACAUGAGUUUAGAUUUGGCUGCAUGCGUGUAAUGAGCUCUUUGGUGUUAUUUUCUUAUUACUGCAUUGUGUCCUUAUGCAAACAAAACCUCAGUGAUUGGGAGGAAAAAAAUAUCUAGAUUUUAAAGAUUAAUCAUUACACAGACAAAAUUUCUCCAUUCAAAUAAUCUUUAUUAUUUGGAGUUCUUUUCACCUCUUACUGAAACCUAGAAGAAUAGUUACACAUAAAAGUAUAAUUAGCCUUGGAACAAACGCUAGCUCCGGACUCCCUGUUUUGCUAUGCUGUGCUGCAGUAUGUAACUGCACAGGAGAGAUGUGCUUGAAGAGGGAGUGUGUGUGGGAGUGUGUGUGGGAGUGUGUGUGGGAGUGUGUGUGGG